AUGACGUCUAAAAUCAACGCGAAAACUACCAAUAGCGGCCACAAGAUGCCGGCAAUAGUAACAUGUUACAAAUGCAAAAACAUAGUUGACAAAAAACAAACUGCGUUAUGUUCAAUAUGUAAAAACAGGUAUGAAUUAGAAUGUGAUGGAUAUCCGGAAAAAACAUACCGCCUAUUGGAUCAGGCAGCAAAAAAGAAGUGGCGAUGUAAAAUGUGUAUUAAAAAUAAAAAAGACAUCAACAGCGACAUGCAUAAUAUCACAACGAGAAAGAAACCUAAUCUUACAAAACAAUGUACUUCGCCUUCACCAGAAAAACCACCAGAGAACUUACAAUGUUUUGAAUCAUCACAGUUAUCGGACCAGAAUACUUCUUACGUGCUGGAUUCUCACAUACUUACCGAUUACAAUAUAACAGAUGAGUCAUUUACCACGCCUAGUAAACUGUCGAAAAGUGUAGACGGGACCGUUACUGACAUAACAUCAAUCUCAGAUAUGAAAAUAACGGUAUCUCAGUUAACCUGUACACUUGAAAGUACUCAAAAUGAAUUAGAAAAUUUGAUAUUAGUAAAUAAUGAUCUGCACAGACAAAUACAUAAAUUAACAUCGGAAAAUAAAAUUUUAUAA